CUAAUAAAACAGAACUAUUUCGACUCUGAAUAAGAAUAGAAGAAUAAACUGCAUUGAUGCUUGUGUGGUUAAAAAAUUUUAAUCCAAAGAUGAAGACUUUUUUAUUAAUCAAUCUUAUUGUGUGUGUAAUUUUUGUUAAUUCAGAUAAAGGUAAACCAUUGUCACUUCCACAAUUACCAUAUGGUAUAUACCGAUUAAAAUUCCUAGGAAUACUUCGUUGUGAAUCUAUUAAGUCAAAUGAUAAAAUUAAAUAUGAUGUUCAUGUAAGCAAAAAGUCUGCCAAUACCACAGAAGUCGUUGGAACCGUAACGAAUUCAAUACCAUUUGAUGACUCCCUUAAUUUGGAAUUAAAUAUGGCGGUAAAAGAUUCUAUUGGUGGUUGGAAGGAAAAUGCUUUUUUGUAUAAGUCCCCCAAAGCUUGUUCAACGCUCAUGAAAUUUUUAGGACCGGCUUGGACUGUAUUGGUGGACUCUGCAGGACACCGAAAUGGGACAUGUCCUUUUCCCAAGGGUUUUUAUAAAUUAGCCAACAUAGAUACUGAUACUUUUAUGAAUACCAAUUUUCCCAAAUCGUUUUUUUAUGGAACAUACAAAUUUCGUGUAACGUAUACUAAAAACAAUGAAGUUUAUACUUGCUUUAUCAUUGUAUUAGAAGUGAAGCGGACUUGGGAAACCGAAUAAACACUUAAUUACAAUACAACACUAAUGAUAUAAUUUAAUAUUAUCCAUGUUCAUGCAUUAUAAAAAUGUUCAAAUACAUAAUUUAUUAUACCCAACCAUAUUUAUUAUUUUGUUACACCAUAAGUACAUCAUAUUUUUUCUUUUCCAAUACUGUACUAAUCACAAUUUAUUUAUGAAAUUUUAUUAUAUUCCAUUAUUUUGUUCUAUAAAAUAAAAAUUAUGUUGUACACAUAUUAUAUUUUUUUUUGGACUGAACAAUAAUUAAAUAUGAAAUAUGAUAAAUUUAUUUUUAUUUUUAUUAAGCUCUAAACAGUAUACAUUUAGUGUUAGUUUUGUUGACUACCACAGAACUUGAUCUACUGAACACCAAGGA